GAACAAAUAGCGAAGGAUUUGCUUUCAGGGGAAGAAGAGGAGGAGACACAGUCUUCAGCUGAUGAUCUGACUCCAUCCGUCACAUCCCACGAUGCAUCGGACCUAUUCCCAAACCAGCCUGGCUCAAACAACUUCCUUGCUGAUGAAGACAAGGAGCCCUGUUCAUCUCCGUGUGCUUCCUCCAUGGCCGAGGAUUCGGAGGAGGAUUCCAUCCCAUCCAACGAGUGUAAGAAGGAGAUCAUGGUUGGACCUCAAUACCAAGCCACUGUUCCCAUCCUCCAUGUGAACAGGCACGGUGAAAAAGCCUAUGAGAAUGAAGAUCAGCUGCUUUGGGACCCAAACAUACUCCCCGAGAGAGAGGUUGAGGAGUUCCUGUACCGCGCCGUCAAACGGCGAUGGGACGAGCUGUCCAGCAGCAGCCUGCCGGAGGGGGAGAUGGUGAAGGACAACGAGCAGGCUUUGUAUGAACUGGUCAAAUGCAACUUCAAUGCAGAAGAGGCUCUGAGGAGGUUGCGGUUCAAUGUGAAGGUUAUCAGAGAUGAGCUUUGUGCCUGGAGCGAGGAAGAAUGUAGAAAUUUUGAACAUGGCUUCAGGGUCCAUGGGAAAAACUUUCAUCUUAUCCAGGCAAACAAGGUCCGCACCCGGUCGGUGGGCGAGUGUGUGGAGUACUACUACAUGUGGAAGAAGUCGGAGCGCUACGACUACUUCACUCAGCAGACCCGCCUAGGAAGGAGGAAGUACGUCCUCCACCCUGGAGCCACGGACUACACUGACAAUGACUUGGAUGGGGCUGAAGUAGAAAACACCGGUCGCUCUCGGAGCUCUCCACCAAUUCCCUCUGCCACCAGCUGCCUGGAUCCCCACUUCGGUCAGGAUCAGAUAGCAAUAGAGAGCACAGAGCCCCUGAGCGUGGAGAGCACGGCCUGCAGCCUGGGCAGCAUCAGCGAGUCGGGGCAGGGCUACGAGUGCAGCACUCCUUCAGAGACCAACUGUUCCUUCGACCCUGCAGAGGAGACGUCCUCGGGCACGGCCUCGGCGCCCUGCACACAAACAACCGUCAACCCCUCGGAACCGGGGCUCUACGCUCUGCCCCCGGCAGGACCAGGACUAGCAGGGAAGCAGGAGACAUUGCAGAGCUCUGGUGAGACGAUAACCAUGGAUUUCACUCUCCCUGCAGACAUUAACGAGGGUUUGCCUUUAAUUGCCGGCCCUGUGGAUUUGGACAGAGACCCAGAGGCCGUGGUGGCCCCUGCGCAAGUGUCCUUAUCGGUCACAGAUUUUGGCCUCAUUGGCAUUGGAGAUGUAAAUAGUUUUCUGACUGCUCAUCAGGCUUGCCCAGCGCCUGUGGCUCGCUCAGAGCCUCUGUCACAGUGA